AUGAAGGUGAAUUCGAAUGACAAUGCAAUAGAUAAACCUUCACAAGAAGAACGUGAAGUUGACCAAUAUUCAGCUGAAAUGAUUACUUCAUUAUGUGAUCGUAAACAGUUUGACUACGAAGAAGAGACAACAUUAGAUUUCUAUUAUGAUGAAUACGAUCAUGAUGAUAGUGAAAGUGAAGAAGAAAAUUAUGAAAUUAAGAGUGACACUGAUUAUGAAGUCGAAGAUGAUGCGACUGAACAACAUCAUCAACUAUCGAAUUAUUCCAUUGAAUUUAUGCAGAAAGUGGUCGACUAUGCUGAUGAAACAGAUGCGUCAGGAAAACGUCGUCGGACUUGGAAAUCUGUUCAUCAUCGAUUUCGGACUCUACCAGAUCAAAGUUAUGUUAGUCGAUUUAGAAAUUAUUUAAAACAAAAUGUGACAAGACGACAAAAGACACAGAAAAGAGAUGAACUUGUUUAUAAAAAAUUUACUGAAGCACGUAAACAGUAUCUUCCAAUCCAUGAUAUUGAUAUACAGCAUUGGGCUGUGAAGGUCGCAAAAGAACUAGAUCUUGAUGAUUUCCAAGCGUCCGAAUUUUGGCUUCGUACAUUUAAAAAACAACAUAGAAUAUGUUCUCGCAAAAUUACAAAUAUUAUUACUAAACGAGAAAUUUUAAAUUCCGAUGAUAUUCUUAAAUCUGAAGAAAAUUUUAUAAAAUUAUUUAAUAAACUAUCACCAAAAUAUAAAGAAGCAGAAAUAUUUAAUACUGAUCUAGUUGGAAUUGAGAAAGAACAGCAUUCAACACGAACACUUUCACUUCAAAGUGAAUGA